AUGGCAACUUUCAAAUCCCUCCACACUCGACUCCUCAAGAUUCCAGCCCCACUCCUCCCACCUGCCUCGCCCCACGAUCCAACCCUUACCUCGGAAAUCGCCUCCCUUCAACUUCAUCCAACCCUUGAGACUGCCCUCCACCUUCUGAACCUCGAUUUGCCGUCCGCACAUUUUUUGACUCGACAUAUGCAGUCAGCGCCAGCAUUCGAGGGCAUGUAUUUGCAUGGAAUCUUGCACCGAAUUGAAGGAGACUAUGAUAAUGCGCGAGCAUGGUACAGCGAUGUCAAGGAGUCAGAGGUAUACUCGAAGCUUUGGGGCAAGGGCGGCCAGACAUGGAAAGCAUGGCAAGAAGAGCACAAGAAUGGGGGCGGUAGGGAGUCCUUAGACGAUGGUCAAAGGUUUUUGGAUGCUGUUCAAAAGUUCAAGGAGACACAGGGAAGGGGGGGUGACGGUGAUAAGGAGUCCCUUGAGGAAAAAAGUAGGGGGGAACUUGACGGUGUUAUCGAAUGGUGUGUAAACAAGUUCGGCACAUCCAAGAUGGUCGAUGCUAGUUCUGCUUGGGUCAGACCUAGUGAUGGGAUCAAGAAAAUGGGUGAAGAUCAAGUUAGCGGGGACAGCGGGAGAAGAAAGUUUUGA